AGGCACAUGCAACUUCAUCUUAGGCAGCAACAGCUCUUGCCUCUUGGAGCAUCGAUCUAAGAAGAAGAGGAGAAAAAAUGGGAGGGAAGCUUGGGUUGUUGUUUUUGCUCGCGUGGGUCGUCGUGGCCUCCGGCACCGGCGUGUCGCUGCCGAUCAAGGCCGUGAACCUUGGUGGGUGGCUGGUGGUGGAAGGCUGGAUGACCCACCUGUUCCACGGAGUAGACAUGGGCUACGCUCUCAUGGACGGUACGCGCGUGACCUUGUGGUCGGCGAGGCAGGGGAUGUUCCUGAGCGCCGUCGGCGGCGGCGGGUCCGACGUCGCGGCCAAUCAGGGAGAAGCCAAGGACUGGGAGACCCUCAGGCUCUGGAGAAUGAAGGAUUCUGAGGACAUGUUCAUGAUCCGUGUUCACGACGGCCAGUUCGUUGACCUUGAUAACAAUGGCGGGCUGGUCGCCAUUCAGACCUCUCCAGGCCAUGCUGGUGAAUUCCAGAUUGUCAGAAAUGCGGGCCUGGCUCGGAUCAAGGCGCCAAACGGCAGAUUCUUACAGGUCAAGACAGGGGGCGUAGUUACAGCAGAUGGCGAUGCAACAAGUGGAAGUUGGAGUGACAGUGAUCCGUCUGUUUUUACCAUGAAAAUAACUGGACAAAUGGAUGGAGACGCUCAGCUAUGCAGCUUCUACGGAGCAGAAAAGACUGUCAGCAUCUUACAGGAUCACUGGAACACAUUCAUAACCGAAGAAGACUUUAGAUUCAUUUCAUCAAACGGUCUGAAUGCAGUGAGAAUUCCAGUGGCCUGGUGGAUCACCAAAACAGAUGACACUUCCUCCUGUCACCCGCCAAAUUAUCCAGGCUACCAAGCUAUGCUUGACAGGGCUUUUCAGUGGGCAGAAAAGUACAACUUGGGUGUCAUUGUGGACCUUCAUGCAGCACCCUGGUCACAGAACGGGCAAUCCCAUAGCGCAUCAAGAGAUGGCACCGUGGGCUGGGGAGACCAAAAUAUCGACGAGACCGUCAGGGUAAUUGAAGGCCUUGCAGCUAGGUAUGCUGCCAAGAAAAGCCUUCUGGGAAUCGGGCUUCUGAACGAGCCAUCGGAGCAAGUGCACAUCGACACUCUGAAGAAAUACUACAAAGCCGGCUACAACGCCGUGAGGAACCAGGUGAAGCGCGACGAUGUGUAUGUGAUCAUGGAAGGCCGGCUCGCAGGUGGCGGCGAUUCCGAGAUGGCCGACUUUGCCAGGCAGUUCCGGAACUGCGUGCUCGACGUUCAUUUCUACAACCUCUAUGGCGACAUGUUCAACGCCGGCAGGAUGAGCGCGGAGCAGAACAUACGCUACGUGACCACACACCAGGCUGACCACCUCAAGAGCCUAAUAAGGGCAAACGGCGCACUUGUCUUUAUUGGGGAAUGGACGGCGGAGUGGAAGGUAGGAGGUGCUUCGCGUGAGGAAAACCAGACAUUUGUGGAUGCCCAGUUGGAUGUAUACGGCCAGGCGACGUUCGGAUGGGCUUUCUGGACGUACAGUAACCCCAAGGAUCCUUACUGGAGCCUUAAGAGUUUGAUCAAAGAUGGCAACAUUACAGUACCACAAAAUUAAAGACCGUAUUAUGAAUCGCUCUCGUGGUUUUGGUUGUGUUAUAUAAGACUUAUUAAGACUAGGGGGUCUACGGCUGCGACAUUAAAUAAAAGCUCUGCAAGUCAGUAACUAUGUUAAAAUAGUAUAAUGUCGUGUAUUGCCACGGGCUUUUGAAAUAUUUUGCUGAAAUUAUAUAAAUAUAAUGUAUGUUAAA